GUUUCUUGCCACCUGACGUCUAUAUCUCUUCCGGGUUCAUUUUCAACACUUGUCUUCUUCCUAUCACCUCUUCUGUUGGAUCUAUUCUUUGUCUACUUCUCAGAGCAUCAUUAUUUGUUGAUCUUAUCCUUUCGAUCUAAGCCUGACUGCAACCUUGAAGCAGUGCCGCACAGUUACAUAACACCCUGCGUGUCCUUUCGGUACUUGGAAAUGGAGAAUGGUCUUCAUUACACUAUUGUCCAUGGAGCUCCUCCGAUGGAUCAUCUCGGCGGCGACAUAACGACAAAUAACUUCGACGCGCUCCCAAAUAUCCCCCAGGAGCAAUGGUGGACAGUGGAUGCCGCGCUGUUUCCCCCUUCGUCUGGGGGACUCAACCCUGCUAUCCAUUAUCACCAAGGCGAUCUCCCUUACAACGAUUUUGCUCCCAAUUACGGGUCCGAAUGGCGCGGUUUCUCUUCUGUGCAAGAAUAUCCUGCCCCGUCAGCGUCCGACUCCUCAUAUCUUGAACCAUCACCAAGUGUAUCGAGCCGUCGAAGCUCUGCCUCGGCGCAGCAAGACGACAAGCGAAGAAAACAGAGUACUGCCGAGCGUGCGACGGCCAAGUCAGCAAAGCGACCCCCCUCCGCCCGAAAGAACAAGCCCCAGGGCACGGCAGUAGAAGGAAAGAAAGAUUCGAAGAGCCGCAAGGCCCAACAGAGUAAACCCACGAUCGGCUCAUCCCCUGAAGACGCAGAUGAAUACAGUAAACGGGUCCAAGAGAGGAAUCGGGUGGCAUCCAACAAGUUCCGUAUCAAGAAGAGGGAAGAUGCAAAGAAGCUCAAGACAGAUGAGGAAGACAUGGAGCGCAUCAACCGCGACCUUUCAAGCUGCGUCGCAGACUUGACUCUGGAGGUUUACCAGCUCAAGAUGAGAUUAUUACAGCACACCGACUGCGAUUGCGCCCUCAUUCAGAAUUACAUUGCCAACGAGGCACAGCGUUAUAUCCAGAAUCUAGACGAGAAGCAGCAUGAACAUGGCUGCUAG